AGCGGCGGUCGCGGUCUCGGGGUGAUUGCGUUUCAAAGCCGGGCCCCGGGGCAGGUGCCGCCUCCGCCUCCGCUCCGGGCCGAAGGGCACGAUCGCCCACGAAUCCAUGGCAUUCGGCGAUUUUUUUUUUCUUGCCCAGAAUCUUAGAAAAUGAAACAUAAUGGUUGACAUCCUGCUGGUGCAGGUUCCAGCGACGGCGGCUUUGUUCGGGUACCUGCCGGGCAGGCCCAGAGCCCGGCAGUGACUGCAACUGGGUUUGGACUUUGGGGGUUCGCGGGUGACCCCCGCCCCCCACGUCCUCUGUGCUGGCGCCCGGCGGCUCUGGGCCGCGCUGAGCGCUGCGCUGGGAAAUAAAAACCCUUCCAUUUAGGGGCGGAGUCUUUGUCCAGCGGGUUUUCAAACGUUUGAGGUUUUUUAGAUGGAGCGCAUGUUACUUUCCUGGAAAUACUAAAACCUGCAGAACGGAACCGCAUCCGACCGCACGAAGCGGGCCGUUCAGAGGGAAAGGAAAGGCUUUUACUUUCAACACCCGCGUUUUCAAUCCAGACCUCAGAAAAGGGAGGGAAGUGGGGAGAAUGUUAACAGAUUUCGAUUCCACCUCCCUGACGGCACAGAGUUGGUGACCGGCGCCUGUCCGGAACCAUCUGUACCUUUUACAUCGGAGCGUCUUGUGCCCUGCACCUGUGACAGGGGACUUUGUCAGAACCGUGGGCCGCCGUGUGCCCAGCGCCUGCCAGGGUUUGUGGCAGGUGCCUUACUGGACGCUUGGGUCGGGUCGUGUCCAGCGUUUCGGCCUUGAACACAAAGCUGUUUAGUGGCUUAUAUGUCCAGGCGGGGCCUUUGUUGGGCAGUUCGUUUGGGAUGAGUUCCCAGAGGUGGACUUGCUGCGAGGCGGUGGGUAAAGUCCGCGGGUGGUUGGUGCCCAGAGGACAUCUUGUGGGUUCUUUGUUUAACUGGAUUUAUGGGGGUGACAUUGGUGAAUAAAGGUAAGUAGGUCUCGGGGAUACAAUUCUGUAACAUCGUCUGAGUUGAGGACUUGAGUCGUUUGUUCUAGAACAGGGAGCCUUCGGGCCCCUGGCCCUCGCCGGAGGCAGGGGUUUGGGAAAUUCGAUGGGAAAAGGUUGGCCGGCUCCUGUCGAACUUCCCUUCGGCGGUGAGCGUGCCAGGGUGGGACCGCAGCACGAGGCGCUGUCUCCGGGUUCGGGUUCGAGCCCAGGCCCUUCCAGCGGUCUCGAGCCCCUCCCUGCAGGCUCCGUGGAGGCUGGCCCCCGAGGCCACCUCAUUCGGUGCAGCACCUGAGCGUCAUGAAGACAGUGUCCCCUUCCAGUCCUCCAUGGGCACCUUCUGAGGGUGGGUCCAGGGGGAGAAAGGGGAGCCCGCCCUGGCCUAGCAAGGCCUCUUCUCAGCCCCCGGCUCCGUGCUGGGCAGACAGGCCUGUGUUCAGUCCUGGUUGUUUGUGCUGUCACCCGAGAGGACGGGAAUUCGGACCUUUGUCCCCCGGGACCUGGGUGGGGUGGCCAGGAUUCCAGGCAGGCUCAGGGCGGGAACCGUUUCUCCCUGAAAGAAACACGAGUCACGUGGGCUGAGAGAGCUGGCGGUGGGAACACAUGAGCAGGAGCCGGGAGGCAGCCGUGACCGCGGCCAGGACCUGGGCGGCUGCGGACCACGGGGCACCGCGUCGGUCCUGCCACCUGAGGACGCGCCCGCGGGGACACCAUGUCGGCGCCGGCAGAGCCCGCGGAGCUGGCCCCGGGCCCCGAGGAGACGCCCCGGGGGAAGCCGGCCCUCGGCUGGGGCUCCCUGUUCGGCCCCCGAAGUGAGAAGAUCGUCUUCGCCAGGAGCGAGGGCGCCGAGGAGAGCGUGCUGGCCGUCACCAUCACCGAGACCACGGUCAUCGAGGCGGACCUGGGCGUGUGGAGCUCGCGUGCGCUGCUCUACCUCACGCUCUGGUUCUUCCUCAGCUUCUGCACCCUCUUCCUCAACAAGUACAUCCUCUCGCUGCUGGAGGGCGAGCCCAGCAUGCUGGGCGCAGUGCAGAUGCUGUCCACCACGUGCAUCGGCUGCCUGAAGAUCUUCGUCCCCUGCUGCCUGUACCAGCACAAAGUCCGGCUUGCCUACCCGCCCAACUUCAUCAUGACCAUGCUCUUCGUGGGCCUCAUGAGGUUCGCCACCGUGGUGUUGGGCCUGGUCAGCCUGAAGAACGUGGCCGUGUCGUUUGCCGAGACGGUGAAGAGCUCCGCCCCCAUCUUCACGGUGAUCAUGUCCCGGAUGAUCCUGGGGGAGUACACGGGGUUGCUGGUCAACCUCUCCCUCAUCCCUGUCAUGGGAGGCCUGGCACUGUGCACAGCCACCGAGAUGAGCUUCAACAUCCUGGGGUUCUCAGCCGCGCUGUCCACCAACAUCAUGGACUGUUUACAGAAUGUUUUUUCCAAAAAGCUCCUCAGUGGGGACAAGUACAGGUUCUCGGCGGCCGAGUUGCAGUUCUACACCAGCGCCGCUGCCGUGGCCAUGCUGGUCCCCGCCUGGGUCUUCUUCAUGGACCUGCCGGUGGUCGGGAGGAGCGGGAGGAGCUUCAGCUACACGCAGGACGUGGUGCUGCUGCUGCUGAUGGACGGCGUCCUGUUCCACCUGCAGAGCGUCACGGCCUACGCCCUCAUGGGCAGGAUCUCCCCCGUGACCUUCAGUGUCGCCAGCACCGUGAAGCACGCCCUGUCCAUCUGGCUCAGUAUUAUCAUUUUCGGCAACAAAAUCACCAGCCUGUCGGCCAUGGGCACCGUCCUGGUGAUGGCGGGCGUCCUGCUCUACAACAAGGCCAGGCAGCACCAGCGGGAGGCCAUGCAGAGCCUGGCCUCAGCCAGCUGCACGCCGGAGGACGGCACGGAGCCACUGGUGCCCAAGGAUCCCAGGCCGCACCACUGAGCGCCAGGGCCUCGCCGGCACCAGGGCCUCGAGGCGCACAUGGCUGCCCUCCUGCCUAUGUGGUCCCCUGCCCUCGCUGCCUAACCCCCCUGGUCAGCUGGAGUAGGAAAGUGCAUGUGUGGCCAUUCUCGCCCCUUUCUGGGGUUUCAGUCAAAACCAGCGGGAAUGUGAAUGGGGACCCCCGACAUUGGCUCCCUGAGGGCUGACCAAGUCCAGCUGCCGCUGAGCCAUCGCCAGGGGAUGUGAAACUGCCUCCUGCGGCCCCCGUGCCAGACGCGGAGGCCUGGGACCCGCCGGCCUCUGCAUGGCCCUCACUGGGCACGCAGGUCGCACUGCAGUGGGCCCAGCCCCGAUUCCUCUGUGGGCGACACCCCACAGAGGGGUCAACUGUGAAUCCAGAGCUGGGUCCCGGUGCCACUGUGAGCGCUCCCUGCUUGGUGCUGAUGGAGAGAUCUCACAGCCCAUGCCAGCCAGCCUUCGAGGCUCCUCCUUCACGCCUUUGACCAGCGCUACUGAGCCCUGGGGCUUGUCAGAAGCCGCCCUCCUGGGUGAGCAGGUCUGGCCCCACCCAGGAGCCCGCCUGCAGGGACUGGGCUCCCUGAGAAAAGGAGCGUGAGGCCGCCUUCCGGUCGCGUCUCCCUCAUGCUGUCCAGGCCCCUGGCUUCCCGAUGGCUUCUCAUUGGAAAUGUGAACAGAGCCUCUUGGGGAGACCAGGCCUCUUGGAAACAAAGAGCAAUAAUCACGUCUCAUGAAGUCCUGCCGACUUGAAAACGUUUGCCAUGUGGUGAAGUCAACGAGGCCUUUUAAACUACACAGCCUUUCCAUGGAGCUGACCCGAGUCCGCAGGACAGGCAGGUGUGGCCGCCUGCUUGGCACGCUCUCCCUCACUGGACGCUUCUGCGACCUCCCCAGGAUUCUGUCCUCUUUCCUCCUUUUCUGCAUCCCUGAAAACCUCGGCUAAGGAGGACCCCCUGCCGGUGGCCGGGGAGAGAUGUCGAGUUGAUCUGUGAGGACCAGCGUGAAAGCACUGCUGCCCCGGCCCCUGACAGUGGGACGUGAACAGAGAAGGGCCACCUGUGGCCGCCCAGGCAGGACGGUCGCCUGGGCCUUCCCGCAGACUCUGUCAUCCGUCGUCGGAGCCAUGGCCGCAGUCUCCCCGUCUUGUCAGGGAUUCCGGUCCCGAGGCCCAUGACAUGCCCCACCCUCCACUCUCUCCAGUGGCUUCAGCCGGUUUUGAUUUUCUGAAUUUUGGACCACAAACAAGAUGAAGGUUACUAGUAAAUGAGGCAACUUCCUGCAAAGCUGCUUUGGAGACUUCCGGUCGGGGCUGACACUCCUCCCGUUAGUCUCGUCUCCACCUCUAAGUCUCCAUUCCGAUCGUCGCCAGGAGUCACAGCCACAGCCUCGCUCGGCCUUUUAAGGACUGUGCAGACAUGAUGUGUCUUUAAUGAACUGUCUCAUUUUUAUCGUAUGUUCUCCUCGCUGAACGGUCUCAGGUGUGUGCACCAGCGAUGACUGGGAGUCGUCAUCCAUUGGUCAUGCCUGUGUCUGUGGUUGUCUGUGCCUUUGUAAACACACACUGGAACCAGUGAUUCCGAGACGCGUCCAGAUCUCUGGCUUUCAAAACGCCCGCUACUGAACAGCAUAGAAAGCCUCUUGUUUUCAGUUCCAGUAUCAUCGCUUCUGCAGAGCAGUGUGAGUCGUCCGCCUUAGAAAGCUGAUGACGUCCUUGCACAACCCAAAUGUGGCUUUAAUUUGAGAAAGAAUAAACAUGAUGAACAGGAAACAGGAAAAAUGUGCUGCUCAAAGCAUGUCACCACUUGGAGCCGGGCUUGUGGCCCGCGCCCGACACGCUUCUCCCCAAACCAGUGGUUUUGCUUCCUGCUGAGCCUCCUGUGGAUGGUCGGUCACUCAGACGGGCCAGGGGGUGACGGGCACGGAGCCUGGCCUGAUGUCUGUCCUGGUGACACGCUUCCUCAGGCCUGACGGUGUUCUCGCCGUUUCCCUGGGCCGGAAACGUGAAGGAGGUCAUUCCGGUGGAAACCCUCUCCUCUGCCUUCGCACAACGUGUUGAGGACUUUCUUUCCCAAAACGUGUACCUGCCCUGGUGGGGCCUCUCGUCUUCUUAGAAGCCCCAGCGUCCCAAGGAGUCCGUUUCUUUCUGUUCUGGCCGAGGAGCCGAGAGCAGACGGGUCAGCUGCUCGCCUGGCAGCCGGAACAUAAAACCUUCAGCCCGCUGGCUCUGGUUCUGAGUGGUGGCCCCGGGACCCAUGCCCAGAUGUCCACACUGGGUUACAGGCUGUUCUAACUGGCAAAGUCUGUGUGUGUCUGGGCUUGGCCCCCCCCACCCCCGCCGUUUUCACUGGAGGAAAGCUGCCACUGCGGACCUGCUGUCUGAGUUGUCUGAACCUGCCCGGUGUUGUGGGCUCCAGCUGGGAGGGCUGGUCCGGUUCCCCACACUGGGAGACGAGAAUGAACGAAAAUAACCCUGGACAUCAGAGCCAAGCCACCUGUUUUCUGCCAAACGGAGCCCCGGGUGUCCAGUGCUUUGUAUUUCGCCUGUUUGGGUUUUUACGGGACCAGACAACGUGGUGGUUCAGGAGGCCAGUCCCUGUCCCUCCACCUGUGGUAACGUGUUCACCUGUGGUGCCCUUGUCCUCUGUCCACAUGAAGCUGCCACCGCAGCCACAUCUGACUCUCGUUCUAAAAAGUAAAUAAAAGCCCCGCGUGUGCUCGCCGCCUGCAUUGGUGAUGGGUCUGUGCGGCCGGGAGGACAGCCCUGCUGCGGGCACCCCAGUGACAAAUGGCUUCCUGUCCCCAAGGCCCCCGGAGCGGAGCACUGCCAGGCGCAGCGGCAAGCGCUUCCUCCGAGAGAAAAUACCCCGUCCGGGCACCGGGGCCCGCGGGCACCGAGCAGCGGGGCUUGGGCCGAGGCCUGGGCAGCUCUGCUGGCCGUGCUUUUUCCGUUUUAAUGGAGUGUUGUGGGUGUCCCCCCUCCCCGCCCCCCUUCAAAAAUAUUCGUCAUUUCGGGGAGGAAGGGAGGAGAGAGACACCGAUGAUGGGGGGGGGGGGGUGCGCGGUGACCGGGGCACAGCUCGGUCUCAGCCGGAGCCGCACGAACAUCGCGAUGGCGGCCUCCUGCGCCCCGACGGGGACUGGGCGGCCACCCCGUGUGCCCGUGACCGGAAUGGACCUCCGCAGGCGAUGCUCUAUCCGCUGAGUGAACCGGCCAGGGCCGCCCCCCGCUUUUUAAAUUGCUUUCGGAUGUGGGCGUGAACCGCUGGCCGGCGCCGGUCCCUGGCCCGGAAGCCCCCGCCCUCAGCCCGGCGCAGCGCGCUUCGCUCCAACCGCGGCUCGGCGGCCCGGCUGUGAGGGCGGCGGGCUCGGUCGGCGCCGCCGCGGAGGACCCCACGGGCGGGCGAGGGGGGCGGGGGGGACCCGGCGGCCAGGCCGCGAGGGACGACGGGCGCGGCGCCCGGACUGGCUCCACCGCCAGUCAUCAGACCGCGCCGAGGCCGGAAGUGACGCACAAGGGCCCGUUCUCCGGCCGGAACCUGCGGCCGCGGUCUCCGUGACGUCAUCACCCCGCGCCGACGCAGGAAGUAACGGCGCGCUGGGCGCAGUUUCUCCUCAGGCUCCGGACCGGCGGCGGCGACGGCGCAGGGAGCCUCCUCCAAUGGGUGAUGAAAAGGACUCCUGGAAAGUGAAGACCUUGGAUGAGAUCCUCCAGGAGAAGAAGCGCCGGAAGGAGCAGGAGGAGAAGGCGGAGAUCAAGCGCCUGAAAAACGUAAGCCGCGCUCUCAGUCGGUUCUCACGGAGGUUUAAUUCUCUGCCCUCGUUUUUCCAUUAGAGCAGCGCUCCUGGGCGACGUUCUUUGUUCCUCCGAAUGUCGCAGUCUGAUGACCGCGACUCCAAGCGGGAUUCCCUGGAGGAGGGGGAGCUGAGGGACCACCGCAUGGAGAUCACCAUCCGGAACUCGCCCUACAGGAGGGAGGACUCCAUGGAGGACCGGUGAGCGCAGGCGCUGGGCACUGGACAGAGGGACGGGGCCCAGCCGGCGGUCCUGGGGUCACCGUGGAAAGGGCUCCAGCGUGGUGUCCGCUCCGCACCCCCUUCUUGUGGGAAGACUUUUCUCGCUGAUGCCUCAGUCGGCCCUGCACUCGCAGGCGUGAGGACUCGGCUGGGGUCUCGGCGUUGCCGGCUGAGGUCUGCAGAGGCCGGGCAGCGGCUCCGGUCCGUGUUCCCGCGGCUCCCUGUCCAGUCUCCACUUGUGUCCUCCUCGGAUCCCUCUCUCACUAAAGGCAACGUGACCCGAAAAGAAGGUAGAACCGCACAGGCUGUGACGCUCCCAAGAUGGUGGUCAGAUAGGCGGUUGAAGAUACUGUUAAAUGACUUUGGGUUUGAUUAAAACGGUGGGGCCUUUUUUAAACACAGCUUUAUUGGGGUAUAAAUGACAGAAUAAACUGCACGUUUAAAACA